AAUGAAUGUAAUGCAUUGAAUGCAAUGCAUUGACUGUAUUGAGUCUAUGAGUCUAUUAAGUGUAUUGACUAUUGAGUGACUCUAUUGAGCGCCAACUGAGUGCUCGGCCACUGACUGACUACUGGAUGACUGUUUGGCCACCGAUAGCACCAAUCAUGACAUCAAUACAUGUGAGUGAGCGUCAAAUACUUGUUGUUUUGCAACAAUCACUACAAUGAAAGAGAUGGUCGGCGGCUGUUGUGUCUGUUCCGACGAAAGGGGUUUUUAUGAGAAUCCGCUGGUCUAUUGUGAUGGACAGGGAUGUAAUGUAGCCGUACAUCAGGCCUGUUAUGGUAUUGUCUCAGUACCGACCGGCCCGUGGUAUUGCCGAAAGUGUGAAUCACAGGAAAGACAGGCUCGAGUUAGGUGCGAGUUGUGUCCAUCAAAAGACGGUGCUUUGAAGCGGACAGACAGCCAAAGUUGGGCUCAUGUGGUUUGCGCUCUUUAUAUACCAGAAGUGAGAUUUGGUAAUAAUAAUACUAUGGAACCGAUUAUACUUCAAUUGGUUCCGCCCGAGAGGUAUAGUCGCACGUGUUAUCUGUGUGAAGAACAUGGAAAGGAGGCUAAAGCACAUACAGGUGCGUGUAUGCAAUGCAACAAACAGGGAUGUAAACACUACUUUCACGUUACCUGCGCACAGGCAGCAGGUCUACUAUGUGAAGAGGCCGGCAAUAACAUGGAUAAUGUUAAGUAUUGUGGUUAUUGUAGUCAUCACUACCAGAAACUUAAAAAGGAGGGAAACAUAAAACCAAUUCCAGCUUUUAAGCCGAUUCCCAACGAUAACUCUACUCCCGAGUCGAGUCCUGAAAAGUUUUCAACACUAAAAGGUCAGUCAUUGCAAAACAUGACUUAUCCGAGUGAAUCAAAACAUCCAAAGAAAAAGACUGCUAAAACUGGAAGCAUAUCUUCAAACGCAUCGAUGGCUUCUCCGACUUCUAUUCACUCAAAUUCAAAUCACCUAUUAAUGCAUUCUUUUAAAUAUGAGUCGAAGAUUAAGACUGAUAAUACCGGUGAAGAUAUAGUGACAACAAAAUUAAGUCAUUCACCACUACAUACUGAAGCAUCAAUUGAAACUUCCAGUAAAAAGAAAAAGAAAUCGAUUGCUUCUUCAUCACCACCGACAGCACCAUUGAGUCCAAUGGCCUCUAAUUCUAUACCUACUCCUGAGAUUAAGCCAACAAACCCAUCAUUAUUUGCCUCAAUAUUUUCUUCGUCAAUGAAUGCAUCAAAUAGUACAUCAAAUAGUGAUAAAAUUAAUCAAAAUGUGAAACAAAGUGUUAGUAACAUCCAGAACACAACUGGAUUCAAACGAAACAAAUUUGAUGGCAGUAUUGAUAAUAAAAAGAAGAUCAAGAAGUCUAGCGCUUCACCAGAACCUAUUUUCAAAACAAAGUCUGCGGCAAAAGAUUAUAGCGAUUCAAAGCCUAUUGUAAAGAAAGUCCGGCGAAAGAAAAAUGAGAUUAACGCCAAUGACUUAACUAACGGUGUUUUAUCACUUCCAGUGAAUCACCCAAAUAUGACACCUCUUCAAAACGGUUAUAUAAAUACCAAUUCAUUACUUCAUAGUACAACCUCUCAAUCAACUAUCAAUGGUUUCUCAACUGAUAUGCUAACAAACGAAAGAAAUAAUACUACAAACCAUAAGAAAGGAUCAGAACAACCAAAUAAUGAUAGAUAUGAUGUGCCUCAAACUUUGGAGCAGCUCCUAGAACGCCAAUGGGCACAGGGAUCUCAAUUUAUUAUAGAUCAGGCGCAACACUUUGACAUCGCAUCUUUGCUUUCAUGUUUACAUCAAUUAAGGUCAGAAAAUAAUCGUUUAGAAGAAAGGGUUAGAGAACUGAUCUCCAGACGCGAUCAUUUACUGGCUGUAAAUGCGCGGCUCACGGCUCCGGCAAAUAAUGUAUUUCCCAUUAACGGAGCGCUAAACACUUUUAACUCAAACAAUAUGCCAAUGAGUGGUCAGUCAGCAUCACCAGUGAGCGCUCACUCAGCUCUAUCUGCGGCUUCAUCUCCUCGAACUCAUACUAAUUCUCCAUCAGAAAUACAAAAUAAAAGUAUUCGAGUGUCGAGUCCGGCACAAAGUGCCAGUCCGUCAAUAGCCAGAAGCCAUCCAUCGUUUUCGUCAUUUCAUAAUAAUAAUAAUAAUAACGAUUCUAUUGGAUUAACAAAUCAUUUGUUUUCAAAUAUAUCACAAUCUUAUCCAUCAAACUGUGUGCCCACCACUUCCAGUCUGAGCGGUCAGUCCUCUCCAACUCAUUCACAGUCUUACUUUGGUUUGCCAUCGCAUUCACAGAGUUUCAGUUGUAUUCGUAAAGCAAACGGAUCAGAUAAAAGAUAAUCAUUUUUAUCUUUAUAAUCAAGAUAUCUAUCAUUUUGUAUAAAAUAUACACUAUAUCUCACAUAUUUAUUCAAUUGACAAAUAC